AUGUUACAAGCUGCGUCCUUUCGAUUGGCCAUAGUUGGAAGUGGCCCGGCUGGCUUUUACACAGCAUAUCAUAUGUUGAAAGAACACCCAUCCUCGUUGGUGGAUAUGUAUGAAGCUCUACCAAUACCUUUUGGGCUGGUCCGUUAUGGAGUCGCGCCCGAUCACCCGGAAGUAAAGAAUGUCCAAAAUAGAUUUGAUGAAGUUGCUCGUGAUUCUCGUUUUACUUUCAUCGGCAAUGUAAAAUUUAGUAAAGAACUUAAUAUUGCCGAUUUGAAAUCACAUUAUGAUGCUAUCCGUAACGUGUUUUCUGCACGUGCUUUUGUCGGCUGGUAUAACGGUCUUCCACAACAUCGUGAUUUACGGCCUGAUCUUAUGUGUUCAGAUAAUGCUACCAUAAUCGGUCAUGGGAAUGUGGCAUUAGAUAUAGCUAGGAUAUUACUGACAGAUGUUGAUAAAUUAAGAAAAACUGAUAUUACCGAAUAUGCUCUAGAAUAUCUCCGAAAAAGCCGAAUACGUAAUGUUACGCUUAUCGGAAGAAGAGGACCUCUACAGGUGUCUUUCACGGCCAAAGAACUUCGCGAGAUGAUGCACUUACCUAAUAUUCGAUUUCAUAUUAACAAUGAAUUAGUGAAAAAGGAACUUUCAGCAAACACGGAACUUAUUUCUCAAAAUCGCCCUUUGAAACGCUUAAUGCAAAUUCUAGAAAGUGGUACAUCUAACACUAUUGGUGAAAAAUCAUGGUCUCUUAAAUUUUUGAGGAGUCCGGCCGAAUUUAUCACGAGUGAUACUGGCGAUCCCUCUCAGACAAAAUUUAUUAAAGCGGUUAAGUUUCACGUCAAUAAACUUGAGGGCCCACCGGGCAACCGGAUAGCUGUUCCCACUGGUAUUAUGGAAGAAAUAGAAACUAGCCUGGUAUUUAAGAGUGUCGGGUAUAAAAGUACACCCGUUGAAGGAUUGCCGUUUGAUGAACAAAAAGGAGUUGUGCCUAACGUUAAAGGCAAAGUAUUGGACAAAAAUGGUAAUGAGCUUCCUGGUUUUUACGUAUCUGGAUGGCUUAAACGUGGUCCACAAGGUAUUAUUUCUACGACAAUGUAUGAUGCUUUUGAAACCGCAGAAAUUAUAGUAUCAGAUAUUCAACAAAAUAAGCCGAUGCUUUCUGAUACCACUGAUA